CCGCCGCCGCAGGAGGACGAGGACGACGAGAUGCCGCGCGAGAUCAUCACGAUUCAGGUGGGGCAAUGCGGGAACCAGAUCGGGAUGGAGUUCUGGAAGCAGCUCUGCCUCGAGCACGGCAUCGGCAAGGACGGCCUCCUCGAGGACUUCGCCACGCAGGGAGGAGACAGGAAGGAUGUUUUCUUCUACCAGGCAGAUGAUCAGCACUACAUACCCAGGGCUCUUCUUAUGGAUCUAGAGCCAAGGGUGAUCAACGGAAUACAGAACAGCGAGUACAAGAACCUAUUCAACCAUGAGAAUAUAUAUUUGUCUGAGCAUGGUGGUGGUGCUGGAAACAAUUGGGCUAGUGGAUAUCAUCAGGGUGAACAAGUUGUUGAUGAUAUCAUGGAUAUGGUAGAUCGCGAAGCAGAUGGAAGUGAUAGCCUCGAGGGCUUUGUUUUAUGCCACUCCAUCGCUGGUGGAACUGGCUCAGGCAUGGGUUCUUAUGUGCUGGAGACCCUGAAUGACCGAUACAGUAAGAAGCUUGUACAGACAUAUAGUGUCUUCCCAAAUCAGAUGGAAACGAGUGAUGUUGUUGUCCAACCAUACAACUCCCUUUUAACUCUGAAGCGCCUGACACUGAAUGCUGACUGUGUGGUUGUUCUUGACAAUACGGCUCUUAAUAGAAUUGCCGUCGAACGUCUUCAUUUAGCAAAUCCUACUUUUGCACAAACAAACUCUUUGGUCUCCACUGUUAUGUCUGCAAGCACAACCACAUUGAGGUAUCCUGGAUAUAUGAAUAAUGAUCUGGCUGGCCUUCUUGCCUCCUUGAUCCCUACUCCAAGGUGUCAUUUUCUUAUGACCGGUUAUACUCCAUUGACCGUCGAGCGCCAGGUUAACAUGAUACGCAAGACAACAGUAUUAGACGUUAUGAGACGACUUCUGCAGACAAAGAAUAUAAUGGUAUCAUCUUACGCUCGUACCAAGGAAGCUAGCCAGGCUAAAUACAUCUCCAUCCUUAACAUCAUUCAAGGAGAGGUGGAUCCAACACAGGUCCAUGAGAGCUUACAAAGGAUACGUGAAAGGAAGCUUGUUAACUUCGUAGAGUGGGGGCCUGCAAGCAUUCAGGUUGCAUUGUCAAGAAAAUCACCCUAUGUUCAAACCACCCACAGGGUUAGUGGUUUGAUGUUAGCAAAUCAUACCAGUAUCCGUCAUUUAUUCAGCAAAUGUCUGGGACAAUAUGAGAAGCUGAGGAAAAAGCAAGCCUUUCUUGACAACUACAGAAAGUUCCCGAUGUUUGCGGACAAUGAUCUCUCUGAAUUCGAUGAAUCUCGAGAAAUUAUAGAGGGUCUAGUUGAUGAAUACAAGGCUUGCGAAUCACCUGACUACAUCAAAUGGGGAAUGGAGGAGCUGGGAGAGGCAAAUGUUGCGGCAGCACUAGAUUCAAAGUUGGUUGUGUAAAUACCAAGGUCCUGCUGGCUAUAACAAAUAUGCGACUGUAGCUGUUCGAUAUCAAUCAGUUCGAUGUCAGCUGUUCAAGCGCAACCCCAUCCCAAUGUAGUGCUAGUGUUACACAGAUUUGGUUGAUGCGGUUCUCUAGUUUCUUAGAAUUUCUUUUCCAGUGUGUUUGUGUAUAUUUUGGAAUACAAUGCAAUCAGCUGCUUGUGCUGUUUCUGUUUCGUGUGUACAAUCUGUAUUGAACUACUGAUGAUGCUUUUGGUGCUGCUUACAGGCUCUCCGUUAAGUGUAUGCAGGCCUUUCUUUACUGGUGA